CUUUAUCCUUUAAUUUUGAUGGAGAGAGGAGAGGCGCAGUGUGUGAAGGAAGCAACGAGUAAAAUAAAGAUAGACACAAUGGGAGAACUGAGAGAUCGGAAAAGAAGAAAGAGGAUGGUAGAAACAGGAAGUAAAGAAAUGGAAAAAACGGAACAUUCAGAAUGACUUAAUGGAGGGAUGAGGAAGAUACCCAAAGCCUACAUUCUCUCAUUUAGACCAGCAGCCAUUCAUGUUGUUGGACUACUGCUGUCGUUGUUUUGGAUUCACGCUCAUAAAACGCCAUGGACCCUUCUCCCUCAAGACUACACCCAGUGAUACCUUGGUUGUCCUACAGAAUCUGUUGAUGUGCAUGGUGUGCUUCUACUCUCUCUACUACAUGGUGGUCAGUCUCUGCAUCGGACUGCUCAGGGUUCAUGAGAUCAACAGCUUGUUGGCUCCAUUUGACUACACAACACAACCGUCAUGGCAGAACCCCAAAUACCUCGUUGGUGUCAUUUCCACAGAAGUGACCUAUGUUUUGGGAGGGCUGGUAUUCGCCUGGAUUGUCGAGGAUUGGGUUUGGGAUUACGCCAUAACUGUCACACUGCUGCACAUCGCGAUGACUGUGGCAGUGAUGUCGGACUUCCCUUCAGCUGAGCACUGGUGGAUAGCUCUGGGUUCAGGCCUGGUGAUGAUGAUAUUUGGAGGACAGCUCAUGGCCCAUAAACUCUUCAGAAGCAACUUUGUCUAUCCAGCUGAACUACAGAACUUCUAAUGACAAAAGCUUUUAAUCGGUUUACUUGUUAAUCUAAGGUCCGGACACAUCCACUGGGUUCACUUUUUAAUAGGUUCACAUUAACAUCGAUGUGAGCAACUACAGUGUGGCUAUCAAGAAUAUACUGUAUUAUUAUAAAAAGCAACCACAAGAAACUCUUUCCUUACUAGAUCCUUACUUUGUUUUUUAGCUAAUAGGCACAUCCCUCCUUGUACAAAUGGCCCAACUUUGUCUAUUUUCUAAAUCAUAUUCUGUACAGUUUAAAUAAUGUUUUGUAUUGUUUCUUUAUUAACUGAAUACAAAUAGAGGAGAUGACACUCGUAGCAUUCUGUAAAAGACUGGAUUUACAGCUGCUAAAUAAAAUCUGAGUUAAAACAAA